GGUGUUCUGGCGCUCUGGGCCCUAAUCACGCAUGUGAUGUAUGUGCAGGAUUACUGGAGGACCUGGUUAAAAGGGCUGAGGUUCUUCCUCUUCAUUGGGAUCCUCUUCUCAGCUCUCUCCGUGGUGGGAUUCUGCACCUUCCUUGUUCUGGCCAUCACCAAGCACCAGUCCCUGACUGAUCCCAAAAGCUACUACUUGUCCUGCGUCUGGAGCUUCAUGGCCUUGAAAUGGGCCUUCCUGCUCAGUUUCUACGCUCACCGCUACAGGAACGAGUUUGCAGACAUCAGUAUCCUCAGUGACUUCUAA